AUGAAGGUGGAAGCCAACUCGUCCAUCGUCGAUUGGGAUGGCCCCAACGAUCCGGCCAGACCAAUCAACUGGCCGAGAAAGAAGAAAUGGCUGAACAUCUUUAGCAUCUCCUUCCUGACUUUUCUGACACCCUUGGCUUCUUCCAUCCUAGCUCCCGCUACGGGCUUGGUCCUGAAGGAGUUUCGUUCUACCAACAGGACUCUUGGCUCCUUCUCCGUCUCCAUCUACCUGAUCGGCUUCGGCCUGGGCCCCCUGGUUCUGGCUCCAGUGUCGGAAAUGUAUGGUCGCUUACGCGUUUACCAGAUCACCACGGCAGUUUUUGUUGUGUGGAACGUUGCCUGUGCUCUAUCUCCUAAUAUGGGCGCUCUCUUGGCAUUUCGACUAUUAGCUGGCCUGUCCGGUAGCGCUCCGAUGACUCUGGGAGCAGGGUCGAUUGGUGAUCUUUUUAUUCCACAAGAAAGAGGGUUGGUCAUGGCUAUUUGGGGUGUAGGGCCGCUCAUGGGCCCAGUGCUCGGACCCAUUGCUUGUGGCUACCUGUCAGAAGCUGCGGGAUGGCGUUGGGUUCUUUGGCUGGUGGCCAUCGUGUCAGGUGUCGCGCUGAUCUUCACUCUGCUGUUCCAGUCGGAGACUUACGAACCUGUCCUACUUCAGCGCGAAGUGGACCGGUUAAAAAAAGAGACUGGAAAUCCCGCCCUCUACGCCGAGAAGGCGCCUAGAGUCAAUGCAAAGAACAGCAUAGUUCAAUCCAUCGUCCGACCGCUGAAAAUGCUUUUCUUUUCUCCAAUCGUGGCUCUGUUCUCAACGUACAUCGGAAUUGUUUUCGGCUACCUCUAUCUGCUCUUUACUACCAUUACCCACAUCUACGAGACUACAUACCACUUUAGCCAGGGUAACACUGGGCUGGUCUACAUCGGGGUUGGGGUGGGUGCUGCGAUUGGCAUGGUCAUUUUUGGCGCAAUGUCCGACAAGACCCAGAUUCGACUGACGGCGUGGAACAACGGUCAGGCAGAGCCUGAAUUUCGACUGCCACUACUGAUCCCGGGCAGCCUCCUGGUGCCCAUUGGGUUGUUCUGGUAUGGCUGGUCGGUCGACCAACAUGUGCACUGGAUCAUGCCCGUCAUCGGGUUGGGGUGGAUAGGCUUGGGAAUGAUUGCGACCUUCCUGCCUAUUCAGUCGUACAUGGUGGAUGCGUUUGGUCCAUAUGCUGCUUCUGCGGUGGCUGCAAACACCCUGGUUCGGUCGUUUGUUGGCGCUUUUCUGCCACUUGCCGGUCCCUCCAUGUAUGCUACUCUGGGGCUGGGUUGGGGUAAUUCGUUGCUGGGAUUUAUUGCUUUGCUUAUGCUGCCGGUGCCGGUCGUUUUCUACAAGUACGGCAAGAAGAUCAGGACGAAGUUUGAAGUUACCUUCUGA